ACCUGCGCACGAGUCGAUCACUGCGCGCAUUUACAAAUUCAUCUAAACGAUUGUGUUCUUAAUUAAAAAAGGUCAAUAUAUUGAGUUAGUGUAUUAAAAAUACAGCUAUUAAUAGGUUAUUUACACACAGUGUUUUGUUUCUGUUUUUAUGAAAGUUGAGGUUCGACGCCUAGGACCGGUUGGAAGGCUUUGCCGACCGCUCUACAGAACAACUGUUCCGGUAUUUCGUUUUUGUGCAAAUUAGUUUUGUUUGUGGUUUGCUACUUUCGGAUUGUGACGCCGAACCUAUGGAUUGGAUUAUGAAUUAGUGCAUGAAUGCGAAAUCAGGAUGACAGACUACGAGCGCAUCAAGACCGGGUGCCUCCAGCGCGGCGAACUGUGGGAGGACCCGGACUUCCCCGCCACGCAGUCGUCCGUGUUCUACCACCAGACCCCGCCGUUUCACUUCGUGUGGAAGCGGGCUAAGGAAAUAUACACAAACCCGACGUUUGUACAAGACAAUUGCGACACAUUCGACGUGGUUCCCGGGAAACUUGGAGACAAAUGGCUGGUGUCCUGUCUCGGGGUCCUGUACCUCAGCAAGGGGCUGUUCUACAGAGUGGUUCCAGCUGACCAGCGGAUGGACACACCUUAUGCAGGAGUCUUCAGGUUCAGACUAUGGUGGUGCGGACAAUGGCUUGAGGUAUUGGUGGACGACCGGCUCCCCACAGUCAACGGAAAGCUGGCCUUUCUGCAGACCAGCCACACGGGUCAACUGUGGCCUGCCCUGCUAGAAAAGGCGUAUGCCAAACUGCACGGGUCAUACGAGGCUUUAAAGUACGGCAGCCUGCUGGACGGGCUGGCAGACCUGACCGGCGGUAUCACGGAGUCAGUGGUUCCCGGCGCCGAGACAACCGACGCCGCGUCACUGGCCAACCUGCUGACCACCACCAGUGUGGUCACUGCUCACCACUUCCCUGCUGUAAUAGAAGAGAAAAUAAAAGGGCUAGAGCUGGAAAUGAACUACAGAAUAUACAACAUUGAAAAGGUCGAUUCUUCAGAAGGUCCAGUUCACCUCGUGAGGCUCAGAAGACCCCUGGCGCCUGGGGACACACCCCUCACACACGUCGUCGAUCUCGCAAUAUGGAAGUCAAUCCCACUCUACGAGAGAGAGCGCCUGACCUCCACCCCCAAAGGAUUCUGGAUGCUUUACUCGGACUUCCAGCGAGCAUUCAACAGACUUGAGAUGGUGCAUCUUGAUGCGGAGACCAGCAGAGCAGAGCCGUCUUUAGCAGAGAAGCAUAAGUGGCAGAUGAAGAUGCACCAAGGGGGCUGGAGGCGAGGAGUGUCGGCUGGGGGCUGCAGGAAUUAUGUCCACUUCUUUCAUAUGAACCCGCAAAUCCAACUGAUCCUGAACGAGCCAGACACCGUCGUCAUCUCCCUGAACCAGCACAGCAUCAUGGAGCCAAAGGUUAUCGGUUUCAGCAUCUACAAGAUGCCCAAAUUCCUGACGGAGACCGCUUCGCCCCUAUUUUUCAAGAAGAUCAAAAGCGCUAUCAACUCCCAGUACACUAACAGUCGUCAAGUCAGUCACAGAUGCCAACUGGAAGCAGGAGCAUACCUGGUGAUGCCGACGACUUUCGAGCCGCGGGAAGAGGCCAAUUUCUCUCUCAGGGUGUUCUCCAACAAGACUUUGAAGAUGAAGGUCCUGGAUUACGCACCGCAGAUGCUCAAGGCAGCACUGAUCAAGGCACCUCCUGGCGUAGAGACGAGUAGUUUUGCACAAUACGAGGCAGUAUUCUUGCAGCUAGCAGAUGAGCACAGAACGAUAGACGCUUUUGAGUUACAGGAACUGCUCGACGCGUGUCUACCAAAUGACUACAUCAAGAGCUGCGCUUCAAUCGACACGUGCAGGCAAAUUGUGCUGUCGAUGGAUAAAAACGGCACAGGCCGCAUCUCCCUAUCCGACUUCAAGGACCUGAUGUGCAGUUUAAAGCACUGGCAGUUAGUAUUUAAGACGCAUGCGCGGGAAAAGAUGGGCGUGCUGCGUGCUGAGAGGCUGCGCGACGCGCUCAGAGAAGUCGGGUUCGUCGUGCCUGAGCGUGCUAUGGCACUCCUCGUUCUUCGGUAUAUGAGGAAGGAUGGCAUGCUCAGAUUCGGAGACUUCGUGUCAGCGGUCAUGCACUUGCACCGGGCAUUCAAUGUAUUCUACACGAACGACACACCGCGGUCCGACACCAUCAAUUUGAAUUUAUCAGAGUGGCUGAAAUGCGCAUUAAUGUGUUAGGCAGACACAACUACAUAGCCA